AUGGUGAGAGAUGUCUCAUAUGAAGAGAUUAAAAUUGCUUUGUUCGAUAUUGAAGAUGACAAAGCUCCGGGACCUGAUGGGUAUUCUGCCAAAUUUUUCAAAGUUGCGUGGGAAAUAGUGGGUGAUGACUUCCGCAAGGCUGUUAAAGAAUUUUUUUGCAAAAAGAAAAUUCUUAAGGAAAUAAAUGCUACUGCGAUUGCUCUUGUGCCUAAAGUUCAGACUCCAGGGAAAGUUAGCGAUUAUAGACCCAUUGCGUGUUGCAAUGUGGUUUAUAAAUGUAUUAGCAAAAUCAUUGUGAAUCGAAUCAGGGAUCUUCUUGGGAUUUUGGUCUCGGAUAAUCAGUCUGCUUUUAUUCCUGGCCGAUCGAUUUUGGAUAAUAUUCUGUUAUCUCAAGAGUUGGUGCGUGGAUACCACAUAAAAAGAGGUUAUGCUCGUUGUGCCCUGAAGGUGGACAUCCAAAAAGCUUAUGAUACUGUAAAUUGGAAGUUCCUGCAAACCAUUCUUGUUAACUUUGGGUUUCAUAGCUCUAUGAUCUCUUGGAUUAUGAAUUGUGUUUCCACUUCUUCUUUUAUGAUUAACAUUAAUGGAAAUUUUCAUGGAUUCUUCCAAGGAAAACGUGGAUUGAGGCAAGGUUGUCCUUUGUCUCCUUAUCUUUUUACUCUGGUGAUGGAAGUUUUCAAUUUAAUUCUGAAGAGAUGUAUAAGGGAGAAUGAGGGAUUUAAGUACCAUUGGAGAUGUCAUGCCCAGAAUCUUACUCAUCUCUGCUUUGCAGAUGACUUGAUGCUUUUUUGUCAUGGUAAUUCAAGGUCUAUAAAGAUAAUCAAGGAUGCUAUGGAUGAAUUUGCUGGUGUUGCAGGGCUGAUUCCUAACUUAGCUACAAGUCAUAUCUUCUUUGGGAAUGUUAGAGAGCCUUUAAAAAAAUCGAUUCUUGAUAUUCUGCCUUUUGUUGAAGGCAAAUUUCCGAUGAAAUAUCUUGGCAUUCCUCUCAUUUGUACGAGGCUUUUUAAAAGAGAUUGCAAAAGUCUCGUUGAAAAAGUGAAGUUAAGAGUCAAUAACUGGAAAAAUAAGACCUUGUCUUAUGCUGGAAGACUUCAGUUAAUAAGAUCUGUUCUUGCUUCUCUUCCUGUUUAUUAG